AUGAGAAGAUUGCCGAAUGUCAAAGAAAAGGUCGAGUUCCCUACAAAGGGCUGGUCCUAUUCCUAUGACGGCAACAUCCUCAUUUUUAUGUCAGGAAUUGAUUUCUCCUGCAACCAAUUAACAGGUAAAAUACCAUCCAAAAUGGGGAACUUAAGUGAGCUCCAUUCAUUGAAUGUGUCUCAUAAUAAUCUCACUGGAUCAAUACCAACAACAUUCUCCAACUUAAGGCAUAUUGGGAGCUUAGAUCUUUCCUAUACCAACCUGAAUGGGAGUAUCCCCUCUGAACUGACUGAGUUGAACACUUUAGUGGUCUGCAGUGUAGCACACAACAACUUAACAGGUAAAACUCCAGAUUUCAAAGCUCAAUUUGCUACCUUCAAUGAGAUUAGCUACGAGGGAAAUCCUCAUCUGUGGACCUCCAUCACAUAGAAAUUGUACUAACGCUGGAGCACCAUCAUCAAUGCAAAAGGUUUCAGAGGAUGAACAAAAUAAUGUUGGGUUCGUGUAAGCUUUUGUGUGUCGUAUAUUGUAGUGUUGUCACAAUUGUAGCAGUUCUUUAUGUGAACCCUUAUUGGCGAAGGGCGUGGUUCAAUUUCAUUGAAAUGUGUAUAGUCUCUAGCUACUACAUUGUCAUUG